AAAUGAAAAAUUCAAAUAUUCUAAUUUUUAAAAUUUGACAUGUUUUCAUUUUUCACAUCAAACUCAUGGAACGGUCUGGAGAAAUUCCACUGCAAAAUUAUUUUCAAAAUACGUCAUUUUUGUUCGAAAUUUCUUUUUCUGUAACAGAGACUCCCAAAAGACCAGUAAUCUUUUUGAUUCAUUAGAAUUUUAUCGUUAGAUACCCCUCCGCAGGGCGAGAAAUUAUUAAUAAAAAAUUACGAACCCCAAGUUCGCUCAUACGGAGAGAAAUCAUUCACUAAAAAUACCGCGAAAGUUCAAUAAUUUCUGACAACAACAACAUUCCAAUAAAAUUAGCAGAACACAGUUAUGAAAGUGACAAAGAAAAUUUCACGGUGUCGUAAUUAUUCCCAGAAUAUUCGGAUUGAAAUUUCGAAAUGCUCCGAAAAAAAAAAAAUCCGUAAUAUUUCAGAGCAAAAUGGAAAAGCUCCAGAAUUUUUAAUAAAUAUUUAUCACCGUCUGUGCAUUAAAAUAUCGCUGAAUGAAUCAACAGGUGGAUCCCACACGACGAGAUAUUUUCACCAAUUCCCAGAGGGGGUAUGUCUCGAAGAAACUCGGAAUGCCAUGCACUGGGCAAUGUGUUCUGGGAUAUUCCUGGCUUUCAACCUGUUCAACCGCGUGUGUACCUGCGAAAUACCACGCGAUUUCACGUUUCGAGAGGUGGAACAGGGAUGAAAGGAGAGGAUUAAAGACGGAGAGGAGUUGGGGUGGCAAUGGAGUUCCUCUACCACUUCGAGAAAGCAGAAUGAGGAGUAGCGACAAAGUGAGAAAGGAUCGAAGAAGGAUGGACUACCGAGGAGUCUCGAAGGAUGAAACUAUAUGGAAGCAAAAACAGAAAACCAGUCUCACUGUCUCAAGGCUGCCACAUAGUCCGCGUGUGUGAGGACAGGAAAGAUCUAAUGUUGGAAAAAAAGUUAUUCAACUAAUCAAUAGCAGCAUGCGCCGCAGUGCAACGAUCUCGCCAUCCCUCGUGCCUCAAGUACGAAAUCCCCGAAAAAACGAGCAAUAAAUAACGGAAGAAUGAAUAAAACCAAAAGGAAGAAUGAUGAUGUUAGUGGCGUCGGGGUGGUCGUUGCGGAAUCACGCAGGCCUGCGGCUCUGGGUGAACGAAACCGCCCGAAGGCAGCCAUGAGGUACUAAGGGACAUGGGUAGGGAUAGGGAGGGCA